UAAUCAAAAAUCUGGAUAAUCCAGGUAACAUUAGUAAUAUGUAAAGUAUGUCGUGAAAAAAGCUGAUUUAUUGUUCGUUACGACAAAAAAACAUAUUUUGUAACAAAAUUACAUAGAAUUGUUUAGAAGAUAUUAAAAAAUGUUAAACAAUUUUUCACAUCAUUUAUUAAAAAAGAAUUGGUCCUCUAAUUCAAACAUAUGCUUAAAUGAUGCUUUUUCUCACCUGUAAAAAAUAUACAUUAUUGGAAGAUUCAAAAAUAUAAAAAUAAAAAUGCUGUUUUACAGAAAGAAGAGGUAACAAGAUGAAAACGGAAAUCCAUUGCCCGAUCUCAGGGUGUUUGUACUCUGUUGGAUCAGAAAGACAUUUCACGGAGAAGAAGUUCCUAAACCAGCACAUUGCUAAAGUUCAUGCUGAAAAAAAAUACUCGUGUGCCAAAUGUAAAAAAAGUUUUGGUCUUGACUGGUGGCGGAGGCACCACGAAAAAACUUGUGGCAUAGAAUGGGAAUGCAGCUGUGGUGUGAAAUAUGCAUCUAGAGAAACUCUGCUAACCCAUGCCAGGAGAAAUCAACAUAAAUUACCUGAUAAUGUUCUUUCAACUGAUAAAGUGAAAAGUAGUAAGAUGAACAAAAGCACAGCAGAGAAUCCUGUUGUUGUCGUAAUUCAACCCAUCAUUCAGAACUUUACCUGCAUUCAACCACCACAAAGCUAUGCUCUGAACCAGAGACCUAUAUUACCGAAAGUCACCCAACCACUUUUAUUUUCUCUACCCAUUAAUAUGAGCACAAUGCCUACACUCACAAAUACCAUGGUUUCUCCUCGGGCUGUUGAUCUUCCUACUGAUGCUACCGGAGCCAUCAAAAUUCAGGCCGCACCUUCACCCGAUAGUAGUAUGUUACCUAAAACCAAUGCAAUCUUUGAGUCUGCAAAAUAUGCAAACAAAAAUGUCAGUGGUAAUUCACAAAAAAGUACAGCAACCCAAACUCCAUCAAGAUUCGAUAAUCCAUCUAAGGUGAGGCUAUCACAGGCAUCACAGUGCUCAAGAAGAGCAGCAAAAUCCAUGAAAACUGGGAUAGAAAGUACACAUACACAAACAGCUGAAAGCACACUUGUGAAAAUCAAAAAGAAGAGAUCUCGGCGUAAAUCGGUAGCAAUAAUAACUGAGCCAAGCCUUUUGACAAACCAAAACGUGGGUCAAUCUCUGUGGCCGGGUUUCAAAGAUUUCUUCACGCCUGAUGCUCACGGAGUGCGUUCCUCUCGCAAUGUGAGUACCACAACAAGCACACAAACUAGUUCUCACAAAACGCUGUGUGAUUCAGAAACUAUUACUGAUGAAGACUUUUUGAAAAUGCACUGGAAUAGCUCUGAAAAAGAAAAGAAUUUGAUUUGCAAUUCUUCGUUUGAGGGUCUUUCCGAGAUUGUGUCGAGAGAUUCUGUGGCUGGUGCAUUGCCUGAGAAAUUCAAUCAUGACACAUUAUCAGUGAUAGAUAUGUUCUCAGACUCCAUGAUGAAGACAUUUCCUGAGAGUGUUGAAGAGAAAAGUAUGUUCCAGAGCUCUUCCAAUAAGUCUUCUGAAUGUGAUUCCAGUUCUUUGCUGUCUGUGUUUACUGAUUGUUCUAAGCAAGAUAUCAGCAAUAAGAUUCCUCAGCCAACUUUAUCUGAUAUUCAUACGCAAACAAUUGCAUCUUCUGUUCUUGAUUAUAAUUUACUUGCUAACAUGGAAACACAAACCACAGAUGAAUUCACCCUCUCUGAUUUGGAAUUUUCUGACACUGAAACGCAAACACCGUGGGAGGAUUUCCCAAACAUUGACUCACCCUUGCAGACGGAUCAGUUGUCCAUUGAAAUUCAGACCGAUUUUUCUUCUUUUUCUCAAGAUCUGAAUCAGGAUCCUUUUGAUUUUAUCAAUGGGAUGGAUGUACAAAAUAUUAUUGGUUGCUCCAGCAAGGAAUGUCUUGGUGUUAAUUCAGAAACACAAACACAGGAUAAGUUCAACUUUCCACAGUUUACCAAUACUGAAUCUCAAACUUUAGAUAUUUCUGACUUUGUGUUUGAUUGAUUUAGCAGCUCAAGUUUUUGGAAGGUGCACAAAAUAUUUGUGGAAUAGUGUAAAGUAGACAUUGUUGGUCUUACUGCAUGUUAUACUUUUAACGAAAUAUUUUAGGACUUUGUUAUAUGGUAUAUAAGCAAACCCUUUGUGUAUGUAUGUUAACAUUUGUUUAUUUUGAAAAACUUCGAAUAAACUGAAAGCACAAAUUACACUAAGCAUGGAAUUCAGAAUAUUUUAAAGACAUAUAUUUUGAAAAUUUGAACUGAAAGAAUUUUGUUUAAAAACAUUUUGCAGAAUAAUUUAAUGUACACUAUCAGUAAAUGCUGUUCUCAGUUCCUGUACUUAAACAUGUUUUUCUUGCUUAAGUUGAAUAGGAAUGAAGUAUCAUCAGAUGCCAUAAGCCAUUAAGAGCUGGUUCAGAUGGUCCAAAAAGCUGGUUUAUUGCUGGUACUAACUGCAAUAAGAAAAUUCCCUAAAAAAGGGAAAACAAGUGGAUCACUAGAAUUUCGGACCUACUCCUUAUCAGGUGCUAAGCAGGAUAGUGCAGAGGAUGUUUUGGUCUACUGGAGGAUUUAAUAUCUAAACAGUUGCUAUCAAAAAUUCCAACCCCUGGUCAUUAUCUUUCCUUUGUAAAUGCACCCUAAAAUAAUUUCCAAUUUUAUCUGUGAUCAUUGUAAUUGAAUUUUACAGCUACAUUAUUUGCAGCAUUUAAAAUUGGAAGCUAAAUUAAUAUUUAAAGUUGCAAAGUUGAUUUGAGCAGUGGAUAUAACUUCUUUUUAUUUAUCUUAAAUUAUUUUUAUGGUUGAAAAUUAAUAAACAUGCGGCUGAGCUCCUUAAAUGUUGUGUUUCUUUAUGUAAAGUUAUCAUUUUCAUAUUUAAACCUUCAUUCUUCUGCUUUAGAACACUAUUAUUUUAGUGUUGCUUCUCCAGAAGAGGCUAAUUUCCUCAGAAGUAAAAAUUUAGGUGAUUUUUUAAAACAUUUCUUCUGUACUGUGUUUAGCGCAAAAUUAAAAAAAGAAAAAAUGCCAUUUAUUGGUUUUCAGGAGGGUAAAUCAAUGUAUAAUGUGUUUGAGCCAAAAACCUAUGAAAUAAUCUCAUUAUAAAUGUAAGUUUUGUCCCAGCAAUUUCUGAGAAAAUGGCAUUUUGUUCUGAAGCUGGUUAAAUUUAAAGAUAAGUAAAUAAUUGCUUAAAACCAAUAUUUGUUUUUGUUGUUAAUUUAUAAAUGUAGUAACUUCUUUUAAAUGCAUUAGAAAUGUUUAUGUAUUCGAUGACUGAUUAGUAACUAACUUUUAUGUAUUUAAUUAUAGUGGUUGUCUCUGGAAUCGAAAAAUUCGUAAUAAGGUGGCACACUUUUCUGAACAUUUUAGAUUAAUGUCUAAUAAAAUCUAUUCAUUUAUUGAACAUAUAGCAUAAACAUAUACAAUUAUUACUAAGUUAAACAGCGUAAAACCAGGAUAUGUGUCCCUGUGAAAUGAUAUAAAGUAGUCCCCAGUUAUUUUUUUCUGUGUAUGAUGACAGUUAAAGAUGAGAUUGAUGAUUUGUGCUUUUUCCUUUUAAAAGAAUAAAUUUAUUUUGCAUUAUAUUUAUUUUAGUAGUUUUGCUAUUAUGUAACAUUUAAUGUUUAUUACAGUGUUUAUUUAGGGUAAUGGCACCAGUAACAGACAUGCUUUAGACAUCACUCUCAGGUUAACUCAAUUUCCUGAGCUUUUUAACGUAUUCAGAAUUUUAAAACUUUUUCUCAUAUGCAACUACAUAUCAUCUAAUGUUUGGUUGUUUCUGGAUCCUUUGAAUUAGUUAAUUCUAUUUUUGCUCAAUUUCAAAAAAAAAAAAAAAAAAAAAGGCGAGACCCCUAGUAAAGGACACCGAAAUUUCUGAUAAUACCCAGCAACAGAUAGGAUGAGGAAAGGAUGAGUAAUGAACAAAAUUCCCCUUUUCUCUUCAACAGGUGCAAAAGUUCUCUAUUUUUAGAUCUAAAACCUUAUUAAGUUCAAUUGAACAUGAAACACCGGCAGACCUCGUGGUAGCUGCUCAUAACCUUCCACCACUGCCUUGUAAAUACCAACUGGCUCAUAAAAUUCACUCUGAUAACACUAGAUGGUUGCAUCGUAUUCAUGGGUUUGCAGCAACAUCAGUUUUACCCUCCUAAAAUUCUCAUUAUUUAAAUCCAAACUUACGACUAUAUGUUAACUGGUGUCUUUACCCUACCGUGAAUUUUAAAAGAACUUGAUCAGAGUUUACUAUCUCACCAAAGAUACUUACACUGAAAUAUUAUAAUGUGUAGGAAAUUUAAUUUUUAGAACACAUUUUGUCACACACACAUAUUAUUGUUUGUUAGCUUCCACUUAUUAAAUUGACAUUUCAAGUCGGGUAUUUCUUUUAGUUAAACUUUAUAAUAAUUAUAAAACACUCUUAUUUCUUUUGAAUAAGAAGUGGUAAUUUUAGUGUUCAAAUAAGAAAUAUUCUCUUCUAGACAGCACAUGUAAUUUGAUUACUUUAUAAAUUAUGAGGCAUAUGAACUUAAUGGAUAGUUUAAUAAUGUUAUGAUUGUCAUACUAAGGCAUCUUAUUUUUACAUUCCUGUUAGGUGUUUGAUUUUUGUUCUGUUUGAAACAUAUGUGCAUCUAUGUAUUAAAAUUUUCGUUUUAUUAUUUGUUACACAAUAAAUAAAUUUAUUUUUUGUUAAU